GGCAGGGCGGGGCGGCGGGCCUGAAGCGACGCCGGGCGCGGGGGCUGAUAAAGCCCCGUCGUUGCUCUUCCGCUUCGUGUCUCGUCUCUCCGGCCUCGGGUUCUUUUCGUCUUUUCCGCUCGGAGGCCAUGGAUGCGCGGGCUCGUGCGAAGCGCUACGAGAAACUGGACUUCUUGGGGGAAGGGCAGUUUGCUACUGUGUAUAAGGCAAAGGACAAGGUCACGGGGCAGAUCGUUGCUAUCAAAAAGAUUAAAUUGGGACACCGAUCAGAAGCUAAAGAUGGAAUCAACAGAACAGCUCUCAGAGAGAUAAAGUUGUUGCAGGAACUAAGCCAUCUGAAUGUUAUUGGUCUUUUAGAUGCAUUUGGACACAAAUCCAAUAUUAGCUUGGUGUUUGACUUCAUGGAAACAGACCUUGAGGUUAUUAUAAAGGAUACUAGUAUUGUGUUAACACAAGCUCACAUCAAAGCCUACAUGCUGAUGACACUGCAAGGAUUAGAGUAUUUACAUCAACAAUGGAUUCUGCACAGGGAUCUUAAACCAAAUAAUUUGCUGUUAGAUGAAAACGGUGUUUUGAAAUUGGCUGACUUUGGCUUGGCAAAAUCUUUUGGAAGCCCAAACAGAGUUUACACACACCAAGUAGUAACAAGAUGGUACCGAUCCCCAGAACUACUGUUUGGUGCUAGAAUGUAUGGUGUCGGUGUUGACAUGUGGGCUGUUGGUUGUAUUCUAGCCGAGCUGCUUCUCAGGGUUCCUUUCUUGCCAGGAGACUCUGAUCUUGACCAGUUAACAAGGAUUUUUGAAACACUGGGCACUCCAACAGAAGAACAGUGGCCUGGAAUGACAAGUCUUCCGGAUUACGUCACAUUUAAGUCUUUCCCUGGAAUGCCUCUUCAACAUAUCUUCAGUGCAGCUGGAGAUGAUUUACUUAGUCUUCUACAAGGAUUAUUUACAUUUAAUCCUUGUUCUAGAGUUACAGCCACUCAGGCAUUGAAACAGAAGUAUUUCAGUAAUCGACCAGGACCCACUCCAGGAUAUCUGCUACCCAGACCCAACUGUGCUGCAGAAGCUGUAAAGGAGCAACAACACACACUUUUGAAUUUAAAAAGGAAACGAGGAGAGGGAGUAGAUCAAGGUAAAUUCUUAAUGUUUCACCUGUUUUAAAAUGGGAACACGAGAGAAAACUGUACUUCCAGUAUUUCAAAACAUAAAAACUCUCUGAAUGGAUAAUAACCCUGGAUACCAGUACCAUCUGGAGCCCUUUAGGAUUUGUGUUUUCAUAUAAGCACUUGAAGGUAAGAAUGGCUUAAUUCUAUAAUCUAACAGAAUUGGUACCAAAAGACUCUUUUGCUAUGCUUUACAGAUCUGCUAACUAGAAGAAAUCUCUAAUACCAUUAAUCUUUUAAUGGAGUGUGGUAUUAUCUACUAAAUGAGAGGCUAUCAGACUUUCUUCUUGUUUUCUCAAGCAAACAAGAAAAUUCUCUGUGAGUUAAUAAACUUCAUAUCACUUAGAAAAAAGAAGGGAGAAAUAAGAAAUAAAUAUGGUAUUUCUUUUAUGUGAUAGAUUAAAGAAUGUAAGUCAAAUUUAGAGGGAUUUCUGCUAUCUCCUUUGGACUAAGCAAAUGAACUGUUAAGACCAUGCAGGGUAAGGAAGAUCUCAGUACAUUACAGUGAUCCUUUUAAGAAGCAAGCCUAUCCCCUAACAUUUACUUCCAUACGGAACCUCCAGUUUUCCUCAAACAGUAAUACAUACUUCAUACCCUCAUAGCAAGAAAAGGUUUGUGGACUCAACAGCUGUAUGUGACACUAAACUAGUCAGCCCUUGUAGCAGAGAGGCAAACAUUAAUUCUUGAGCUUGGAGUCUGUCAUCUUGGCAGCAGGAAUUUGCUAGAUAGUAGCAAUUAAUAGCUAUAUAGUAGGUUAAUACCAGUUUUGUUUUUACCAGGAUGAGGCUGUUUCAAUACAAGAGUGUGAUAUCUUGCUGGAACAGAAAUGCUUCCAUGAAACUGCAUUUCCUCAUGAGCUCAGAUGGACAACUAAAUAAUUUAAGUUCAUCUUACUGUUCAAGCACUUUGACCCACUGUGUUAGAUUAUGUCGAAUUACAAGUAAAACGCAUUAGCUCUGAUGCUAACCUCCACGCAAUCCCAGCCCAGAUAAUGACACUUAUCAGCACCCCUCCUUCUGCACCCCUACCCGUCACAGGGGCACGAGAGACGCACGCCAUAGGGUGUAGCUCAAGUGCCCGUUUAUUGCUGCACAGCAGCCGCCUAUAUCCCAUGACACAUGACCGCCCCGUGGCCUGUUAAGCACCACCCAGAACCACCCUGUAGCUACCACCCACCAAAGCCCAAGUGCCAACCACACCAGGCACUGCCCACAAGCUCGUUGGCUUAAUUUUUCUUUGAAUUAGAAUCUUUAAUCUGUUCACUAUUUGCUGACCUCAGUACCACUGGUCAGCUGACAUGUGGGAAUUUGUCAAGUACCAUAGGUAAUUCAUUAAAGUCAUUAGUUGAAGCUUUUUAUCUCUUGCACCUAACACCAUGUGUCUGCAAUUAACAUUUUGAGGUCCAUGUCCCUAGAAUAUACGGUCAGCUAAAUAACAGGAAAGAGAAAGAAAUGCUUCUGAGUUUUGCAGUCUUGCAAAAAAAAAUCUUGAAAUCUUGCAUUUGUCAGUGAACAGAGUUCCCAGAGCUGUAUCAGAACAUGCUUUAACAUCUUUACAAAAGUCUGAUCUUCAGUAAGGGGAAAUCAGAUUUCUGCCUCAGACCUUGGACAAGGCUAGGACUUCAGAGUUUAGAUAUAAAUAAGGCUUUUAGGAAUUCAGCGUUACUUUUUGAGAUAUUUUAUUGUCAGCAUGAAAAGUAGCAUCACUUGCUUCAAGUGCUUGUUGAAACAUGUCUGAAAAUUAUGUUGUGUUGCUGGCGGAACCCAAAUGUAUCAAAAGUGUAGAUCUUAAUAGCCCCAACCAGCUUAGAAAGAGAGAACCAGUGUUACAGCCAACAAAUCUGCUCUCCUGGAUUUCCUCUGAUACCCUUAUAUGGCACAGUCUUCUGAAGUUAAAAUGAAGUUGAAGCGAAUAUUGGAAGAACCAGUCUUUUUUAAGAGUGCAGCAUCUUUUUACUGCUGUUGAAAGUAGAAAUGUGCAAAAGUCAUUUUGAAGUGAGUAAUCCCUUGAAAUUCUCAGGCUUGUAUGUGCUUGUUCUUGCACAGCAUCUUCCCCAGCCCUGUUGAGGUAGCACUGCAGAAACUGAGUAGCUUAAACUGGGAAGCAGUCAGUGUCCUCUUGUAAAAUCUUGUCAUCAGAAACUGGCUGCUAAGAGUGUACUUAUGCCAUCCCCAUGAAGUGCUGCUUUUUCACAAGAAGAUUGCCUUGGGGAGUGCUCACUAAAUUUAAAUGUGCAGCAGCUGUACUUUUCAAAAAAAAAAUCUAUUGCCAAGGGAAAACUAGCAGUACAUGAAUGAGAGCCUGUAAAAAAGUAUUAUACGUAAUUGCUGGCUACUGCUGCCACUUAUUUCUAAUCAGUAAGGUAGGUGGAGGCACUGAUGUCCACUGAUUGUUCACCUUUUCCACUCUGGAAAACAAUCAAAUGGAGCACUUCUUCUUCAGGAUGCAAACUUCCAGUCCUGUUAAUUUGCAUUUCUACAGAGCUGUAAGCUCAUAAAAUUGAGAAUACAGAAUACAGCAGUGAUCUCUUUCCUAAGAUAGUACAGAUCUGAGAUUAGGCAGGUUUCCUGUGCUAUUCUACACUGGCUUGGAAAAAAAAACAACAGCCUAUUAAUGUUUAAAGGCGCUUCUGUAAUUUGGGUGUUUGCUUAAGGUUUGUGGGAAUGAUUCAUUGUUAAUUUAUAUUAGAGGACACUUGCUUAUAGGACAUGUAAAAAUUGUUGGAUCCUUCUAUAGAAAACUUUGUAUCCAUUCCAGAAGGCAGCUGUGGUUUAUUCUAUCAAGAUUAUAAAUAAGCAGUACAUGAAUAAAUUAGAGGACAAGAGGUGCAUUAUGCUAAUGCAGAAGUGCUGCUGCCCUCAUUUCUGCAGUUGAUACUAACAGAAAUGUGGUUGAAGGUAAGUCACAGACUUAAAGAGCUGUUACCUCCUAAAGACAGUUCUGCUGGGUACUGACUGUGUGUGAAAAAGAUCGCUCAUCAUUACCCCUUUACUGUGCUAACAAUGUGAUUUACACUUUUCAGGACUACCAAAAAAAUUGAUUUUUUGAUUGCUGUGGAUGGCAGAUGAAAAUGAGAGCUCAAGUGACCUGAGUCCCAACCAUGAAAAACUCUGUAAUAGUCACUGGAUGGUUAUUUUUAGAAUAUAUUAAUAUGUAAGACGUGAACGUAAUAUUUUAUUAAUACAACUGAAGUUUUUAAUUUUUUUUAAAUAAAAUGCUGCUUAAAAAGCAA